AUGGAGCAGAAAAUACAUUUUCUAAGAAAAAAGUUGUUAUGGGCUUCGGUAAUGGUACAAAUCGUAAUGUUAGCGUCAGCUACUAAUUUAACUACAACAGAAAUACCACCUCAGGUGAUAGAGUCACAGAUAGCAGAAGAGAUAAAAGUUGACGGGUACGCGUGGAGCUCGUGGGGGAGCUGGAGUCCUUGCUCCAGGUCUUGUGGUGGUGGCGUGUCGGUUCAGGAGCGACAAUGCUUGCCAAGAACCAGAUCACCAGUUGGUAAUAGUAGUAUUGCACAACCUGUAAUAAAAGUACGUGUGACGAGACAGAUUCAGGAAGAUAACUGUCAGGGUGUUGACAAGAGAUACCAUGAGUGUAAUAAUAUCCCAUGCCCGAGCGGUUCGAGGAACACGAGAGCGGAGCAAUGUUCGACGUACGACAGAAGACCGUUCCGAGGUAGAUUUUAUACGUGGGUCCCAUACAUAAACGGCAAUUCCCCAUGCAUGUUGAACUGUCGUCCCCUUGGUCAUCAUUUCUACGCGUCGCUGGGGCUAGUAGCCGAUGGUACUCCUUGCACGCGACAGGGAUCACGCGCCAUUUGUGUACAAGGUACUUGCAAGAUUAAAGACAGAAUUUUCUCAGACAUAAAAUUUGCGGGUUUUAAAGUAGUACCUCUACGGGAAACUGGUGUCGAUUACCACGUGACAAACGCGCCGCAGACGUUAUGA